AUGGCCUCCCACCGCAUCGGCGCCCGCCUCUCUGGCCUCUCGCCAGAGCAGCUCGUCGCCUUCAUCGACGAGCAGGCGCCCCUCUGGAGCGCCGCCGCAAUGCGCGUGGCGGAGGAGCACGCCGCUCGGCUCGUGGAGCAGCCCGAGUGGGUGCUCUCCGAGGUCCUCCUCUCGCCGGACCUCGCCCCGCACAUCCUCGCCCAGCUGCCGACCACAGAGCACGCCGCCAAGGGGACGUGCCGCGCGUGGCGCCGCGGCUGGAAGGAGACGCUGAAGAAGCGCGAGAGGCCGCGCAUGCUCCUCCCCACCACGCAAGGUGCAGCGGACGCCGACCUGGUGGGCAAGCGGAUGAUGAAGACCUUUGGCGGCCAUGGCACCUUCGUCGGAGAUAUCGUCUCUUACGACCCGGAGACGGGAUGUUACCAGCAGGUCACCUAUGAGGACGGCGACAAGGAGGGCCUCUCGCGAGCCUCUGUCGAGGCUGGCGUGCGGCGAUUCCAGGCCCAGGCAAAGUGA